GAGCGUGGAAGAGGGCGUGACGCGUCCGACGCGUAAUGACGCGUUGUGACGUGGCGCGCUGUAUCAGCCGAACUCUCCACUGUUUAGAUCAAUAGAUCCGUGUCGCUCUUGGCGCUUUCAAAACAACAUUGUUUGUCAGAAAUGGAGGUAAAUUCGUGCAACAUCCAAGUGCUCCUGCAGGCAGCCGAAUACCUGGAGCGGAAGGAAAGAGAGGCUGAGCACGGUUAUGCCUCAGUGCUUCCAUUCUACAGCAAAGGAGAUUCAGACAAGAGGAAAAAGCAGAAGUCAAAGAGCCUUUCACCCGGGAACAGCAGGUCUGUUCACAACGAGUUGGAGAAACACAGGAGAGCUCAGCUGAGACACUGCCUGGAUCAGCUGAAGGAGCAGGUUCCUCUGUCGUCUGAUUCUGCGAGAAACACAACCCUGAACCUGCUCAGACAAGCCCAGCUGCACAUCAAGAAGCUGCAGGAGCAGGACGAGCGCUCGGAGCUGCUGAAGGGCCGUCUGCGCUGGGAGCAGAGAGAGUUACGUCUGCGUCUGGAGAAACUGCAGGGCGGAUCCGAGCGCAUGAGGAACGACAGCCUGGGCUCCACCGUGUCCUCGGAGAGAUCCGACUCGGAGAGAGAGGACGUGGAGAUAGACGUGGAGAGCAUGGUGUGGACGCUGGAGUGUGACGCUCUGGUCUCGUCUCACACCGGAGUGGACCACAGUUACUCUUCAUCUGAGCACAGCUGGUUAUGACUGACGCUCAUCUUCAUCUUCAUCACCACAGAACAGCCUUGUGUUCCCGACACUGAACACCUCAGCAGACGCCUCCUGAGCACGACUGGAAUACACUGUGCUGUGGUGCUCUGUCUGCGACACACACACUCGGGCGAUGAUGUAACUCUCCUCUUCCUCCUCUUCAUCGUCGGCCGCCGCUCACUCCGCUUGCACUUACAUGUCUCAAUACCGGCUUAUUUAACUCUGAGUUUUGAUACGUUGCACAAAGCGUACGCAUGAGCACUUGCGAUGUCUCUUUAGAUGCGUGUGUUGGUCCUAAUGUGUGAGAUUGCAGAUUAUCUCAUUGAAAAUAAAUAAUAAUUGGGGGAAGCUAAUUAAUUCAGAAGGAAAUGAUGCUUUCUUUGCAACCGUGCGUUUGGUUUCCUCUCCUCUUCUGCGAGUGUGUGCUGGUGAAGGUGCAGUUGUAAUAAUCCUGUGCUUUGGUUCACUCUGCUGGACUGAAGUUGGUGCUGUUCACACACACACAACAGUGAAGUGUUUUUAAGUCUUUAUACUCUUCUUUUCCUCAUUUGUAUAGUGGAUUUCCCUCUAAGAUGUGUUAGUCUCUCAUGAUUUUAGGAACCGCAAUCCAGUUGGUAGUCUCGACAAAAUACACCGGAUGUAUUCAUGAACUGUUCAGUAUAUGCUCAUAUCAGUCAUUUAUGCAAACUAUUAUGAACAUGCCUUUAGUUUAAGAUGUUUGUACAGUAAUUGUGUUGAUGUACAGUUCUGAACACCAAAAGCCUUAUGAACGAUUUGUAUGUCAUUGGACCAGGAACACCUUUGUAUUUAUGUCUCCUUGUACUCAUAUGUAGCAUUUUAUUCUUUUUUACCAACAUAAGCAUUUUGUACAAAUAAAUAUUUUAUGUAUUUAAUUUG